AGUGACCCAACUCUCUCACCAACCUCCAACCAUGACCAUGAGCAAACCCCCCCUGACCCUUCUCAUCGACUGCGACAACACACUCGUGCUCUCCGAGCACCUCGCCUUCGCCGGGUGCGCGACGCUCAUCAACCGCCUCCUGUCCCAACACGGCAUCUCGCGAACCUACACGGGCGCCGAGCUGGAAUCGCGCUUCGUCGGCCAAAACUUCCGCGGCAUCCUCGCCUCCCUCUCCGCGGACCACGGCCUCUCCCUCCCGCCCACGGACGUGGACGUGCUCGCGACCGCCGAAGUCGAGACCGUCCUCGCGCUCCUGCGCACCUCGCUCCUCCCCGCCCCCGGCGCCGCCGCCGCCCUCGCGCGCGCACAGCCACACGCCACGCUCGCCGUCGUAAGCUCGAGCGCCGCGCGCCGCGUCCACGUGUCCCUGCAGACGGCGGGGCUCGCCGCACUCUUCGGCCCGCGCGUGUACUCGGCCGCGUCCUCCCUCCCCGUGCCCAGCUCCAAGCCCGACCCCGCGGUGUACCUCCACGCAAUGGUGAAGCUGGGCGUGCCGCCCGCGGAGUGUGUCGCCGUCGAGGAUUCGCGGAGCGGCGUCGUCGCUGCGGUGCGCGCGGGGAUCGCGACGCUCGGGUAUGUCGGCGCGCUGCAGCCCGCAGAGCGGGAGGCCGCGGCGGAGAAGCUGAGCGAGGCGGGCGCGGCGGAGAUCAUGUAUGAGUGGAGCGAGUUUGGGGCGUGUCUCGCCAAGAUGGGGCAUCCGCUCGCGAGCGCGUAGCGACAUGAGGGUAGAUGUAUGCAAGCGCAGGUCGCUCAGUCUGAAGCGGAAAGGGCGCAGCUGGCUUUGCAUCAUGAGCAGGGCCAUGUAAAGAGAGUGGGGUUCUGCAGCCAGACCGAUCUGCGGCUCGAGUGAUUCGCCGCCUGCAAUCGUGCACUCUCCAUCCAUCAUGCUC